ACGAAACGCUGCUCAUCAACGUUAUCUGUGGCGUGGUUUCAGGGGUGAUCUCCUCUGCGCUGGCCAACCCGACAGACGUGCUGAAGAUUCGGAUGCAGGCUCAAGGCAGUUUGUUCCAGGGUGGCAUGAUCGGCAGCCUCAUCGACAUCUUCCUGCCGGAGGGCACGAGGAUCGCCAAGAAGCACUUGAUCCUGUCGGGCCUGAUGGGGGACACCAUCUUCGCCCACUUCGUCUCCAGUUUCACCUGCGGGCUGGCGGGAGCCAUCGCCUCCAACCCCGUGGACGUGGUGCGGACGCGGAUGAUGAACCAGCGAGCGAUCGUGGGCAGCACGGAGCUCUACAAGGGCACUCUGGAUGGGCUGGUGAAGACGUGGAAGAGCGAGGGCUUCUUUGCGCUCUAUAAAGGGUUCUGGCCCAACUGGCUUCGGCUCGGUCCCUGGAACAUCAUUUUUUUUAUCACGUACGAGCAGUUGAAGCGACUCCCGUUCUGA